AUGUCCGGUGGGGACGAUGGUCAAGAGAAACGCUGCACUCGCGAUGGCAAUCGUCACGCAGAGGAGCCUCAUAUUAUAUAUAUAUAUCCCUCUUCUCCUCCGCUCGUCCGCUUCUACCCUCUUCCCCUUCGCCCACGACCUGCACCUCCGUGUUGGCACUUAAGGGAGAGCCUACGGUCGCAUCGUCGAUUCGCUUCGCGGCGGGACCGACCGACACGGAGACGCGAUUGGUACUCGCGUCGGCAAACGGAACGGACGACUAUCUUUGCGGUCGAGUAUGCGACCGGUCGCUCGAAAAUAAAAUCAAUAGUAACAUAUAACAAGAUACAAAACAAUGAAAAACUGGAAGCAACAAUCACUGAACAUUUUGCACAUCUUCACGGCGUUCUCCAAAACACGGAAGCGAAAUUGAUGAAACAAUUACAUGAGCAACGCGAUUAUCUCAAGAAUAAUUUAGACGACAUCAAAGUACAACUACAAACACAGGAGGAAAAAUUGAAGUUGACAUUGCAGAUUGCCUCUCAUGCAAAAGAGAUUUAUCAUAAAGUGGACAUACGAAACGCGAUAAACAUCCUGAAAGAGAUGACAGAUCUUCCUUGCCACUUGAUGUACAAGGAUAUGAAUCAGGUCUACGAACCAGAAUUUACUGCUGACCAUUCCAUUGUUGCAACUAUAGAAGAUCAUUGUACAAUCAAAAUACCAUCAAUGUCAUUUUAUAGCCUUGUGCGAAGAGACGAACUACCAAAGAAUUAUAUAUUGUCGCCCUUACCGAAGAAACGUUUAUCGAUUUUGAAGAAACCAUCAUCGAAAGUAUUGGCAAUACAACCAAAUAAUUCGUUGUCAGCGACACCGAUCAAGACGGAAGAUAAGGCGCAAAAAAGCAUUUCUGAUUGUAAGGUGGAGGUGUCGUACUUUGUUAAUCCAUCAUACUUCUUCGUCCGAAAAGUGGCCACGAAAGCGGAAUUUCUGCAACUGGAGGAAGACCUAACAACAUACGGCAACAACGAGCAGAAUCUAGAGAUGCCGAUUAAUAUUAAGCACGGUAUAAACGCAUAAUCUUAGUCGCUCACUCGACUCAUUACUCGCGAGUGCAUCUUUUUUAUCCUGCUUAUCAUUACAGGUGAUAUAUGUCUCGUCAAACAUAGGGCAACUACAGAAUGGUACCGAGGACGUGUAAAAGCAGUGUAUACGAAUGAGAAUGACGAAACAUUGUACAAUGUGAUUUAUAUAGAUUAUGGUCAUGAGGAUUGUAAUGUGAUAACUUCGAGAGUACGAGAAAUCCCUGAGCAUCUAAACGUAUUGCCACCACAGGCGAUUCGAUGCAGUUUACAUGGCUUAAUACCCAAAAGUGCUCAUUGGACGAGUGCGAGCACGAAUACUUUUCUAAAACUGACAAACGGAGCCGAUUGCAGAAUGUCUGUCAUCGAAUCCACGCCUGACAUUCUCUACAUAGAUCUUUGCAUUAUCCCGAGAAAUAAUAUGGGUCCGCAAUCGAUGUAUAGUAUUAUGAAAGUGAUGGAUUAUGCGCGUUUGGACGUUGAACACAGUUCGAUGGAAGUAUCAGAAAGUACUUACGUUUAUAGUAAAGAAGAACUUACAUUAAAUAAAUCGACAUUUGUCACCAUCAGUUGGGUUGUGUCACCAAGUGAAAUUUAUGUCUCGAAGAUUGUACGAAAAAAUAGAUUUUUGAAAAUGAUUGAGGAAUUAAAUGAAUAUUACAAAACAGAGGCUUCAGUGAAAAUGAUCGACGUGCCUCAAAAAGGUUUACCAUGCGCUGCGCAAUUUGAAGACGAUACUUGGCAACGCGGCGAGAUCAUGAAAAUAAUUGAUGAAGAUAAAGUCAAAGUGUUUUUUGUCGACUGGGGAUGUAUUUCGAUUCAAGACCGUGAUGCAAUAAGAGAGAUUCCAUCUAGAUAUACUUUGUUUAAAGCACAAGCCAUAAGGAUAGCUCUAAUGUACAUAUGGCCCGAAGCCAAUGGAAAGUGGAAACCGGCGGCCAUGAGAAGUUUGCAAGUUCUUAUCAAUGAAGCAGAAAAUAUCACAGUGAAUCCACGACGAAGAACAGAGAACGGAUACAUUGGAUGUAUGUACUGUGAUAAUAUGGAUGUCAGUCGGCAGUUAAAAAAUGAAGGCGUUGUUAACGAAUUUCAUGUGACUAACAAAUUUAAGAAAUUACAUAAGAAGUCACGAUCGCCUGUUAAAUAUAUCCCUGCAUUACCAGAGAAGACCGAUAGUACUGUCCAAGAUUUUUGCGACUUGGACGAUACUGUGAAUAAUAAAUCCGUAAAAGACGAAACGAUUAAAGAUCCGUUCAAAGUCGAAGUGCGUAUACAACGGAUAGUCACGCCGGACUGUAUCUACGUUGCGCAAAUGGAGCAUGAGAAAUCAAAUGCGAAGAUGAUAUCAGCGAUGCAAAAGUUUUAUGAUAGCUAUCUUUCCGAACCGCGAAAUAAGUGGAACGAAGGCGCACUGUGCGCCGUGUACUCUCCAAAGGACAAGUCCUACUUCCGCGCGAAAAUACUGAAGGUACAAUCACCAGCAGAGGUGCUGGUCUAUUUCUACGAUAUGGGUAUCGAGGAAACGGUGACAUUGAAGAAUAUACAAGUCCUCCAUUCGAAAUUCGCGAAGGAAGCGACGUAUUGUUUUAAAGUGAAGUUGGCUGGUAUUUUACCAUGCGGCGGAUCGUCCAUGUGGCCAUCAUUAUCAUGCACAACUCUAUCCGAAAUCAUACGUGAUAAUGCCAAUUGUAAAUUUUACAUUACUAAACCGAUUCAGGAAAACAUUUGCGAUGGUACAAUACCUGUCGAACUUUGGGUGAGACAGGCCAAAAUACCAGGUCCAUUAGCGCCGACUAAGAUAGAGAUUAAUUCUAUCAAUCGAAUGCUGGUGGAUAAAGGUGUCGCUUUGCCGAUUAAAAACUACUUUGCAAAAGCUGACUCAAUUCUCGCCGCAGAAUUUAAGAGACUGCUGGAAGAAAAUCCCUUGUUUGUAUCAACAGAAGAAGAAGAAGUAAAGUGGCUUAACAAGGUGCUGAAUGCCGAUAGCGAAAUAGACGAAACGUUGAUAUCUCAUAAUGACCUAUCAAAUUGUGAUAUUACUGAUAGUACUGAUGUUUUAACCGAUUUAUCUCAAAACGCCAAAACUUAUGAUUCGACAAAUCGGGAAUGCUCGGUAAAAUUUUCAAACUGGCUACCACCGAUCGAAAUAACAGAAGAAGUAUUUCUCGCUGUACCGACGUACGUGGAUAACAAAUGCGUCGUAUAUCUGCAUUCUAAAAAAUAUAAUGCCGAUCUGCUUAAUUAUAUAGAGAAUGAAUUGCAAAUUCAUUAUAAGAAUAUUAAGAUAAACAAAGAAAAACAAUGGAAGGAAGGAGAUUUGUGUAUCGCUCGAUAUCAUCAUAAUAAAAAGUGGUACAGAGGUAGAGUUGUUCAAAAUUUAGGAAAUAUAUUGCAGGUGGAAUUUAUCGAUUAUGGCAAUAUGGAAGAAUGUGAGAUACAGGAUGUAUCGGAUCAUGUUAGAUUAGGUCAUAUUCCUAUCCAGUGUACAAAAUGCGUCAUCAGCGGAUUAAAACCUGCAUCCGCAAAUGGCAAAUGGAUGUUGCACGAUUUGGAUCGCAUACAUGCGCUCCUUGUUGAUCAAGAAUGCAAAGUGUCUAUUUUACAACGACAACUCACACAUUUAAUUGUCUCAAUAACGUUACUGAAACCAUGGAAAUGCGAUCUCCUUUUAUAUCUUGCAAAUCAUAUGGAUAUGAGUAUUGAGAUUAAACGUAAGGAUUGGAAUGAUUCAGAAAAUUCUGACAAUGAUGAAGAUUUGAUAUCAAACUUCACCAGAGAUGUUGUGAUUGAAGAGAUAGUAAGCGAUUAUGAAAAAUGUAUAACUGAUACUUCAGAUAAAUCUUUGGAAACGUGUACGCAGGAUUUUAUGUUCGAUAAUAAUUUGAUUAGCGGUAAUUUAGCAAAAUCUUCGAACGCAAAGUUUGAGCAAGCCGAGAGUAAGCAAACAUCUGAUUCCGAAAGUGUGUCUUCGAUAGACAUGAUCACUGUGAACAAGCAUUUGAUCUGUUCGACGCCGCAAGCACAAUCAUCUGAAGAAGAAGAGUGCUUUACCUCAUAUAAACGAUUGAUCAUUCCACAAGAAACAAAAUAUAUUGAAUUAAUAUUAUGUUGCAACAAAGACCCCAUUACUUCAUUUGCACGAAUAGCGGAGAACAACGAUGAUAUGUUCUCCAAUAUAUUUCAUGAAUAUUAUCUACAAUACGAAGCCAUAAUGUCGAAUUUGCAAACCGAUGCUUGUCACCAACCAUUAAUCGCGACUUUUGCAAAGAAUACUCCAUGCGUUGCGAAAUUUAUUGAUGAUAUGUGGUACAGAUGCAUCAUCACGAGUAAUAAAAAAAUUCCGAACUCUGAGUACAUAAAGAUCUCAUUGUAUUAUAUUGAUUUCGGUAAUCAUGAAGACAGAAAGUUAGAUUUAUUCUCCAAAAAUCAUGAUUUACAUGUACCAAAGGAAGAAUGGCUGGAAUUGCCCGCCAUGGCUAUUAAAUGCACGUUUUGGGGAUUAAACUUCGUCUCUAAUGAUAUUGGUUUAUUAGCAUCAAAGUUAAAUGAAAUAUAUAAUCAAGCUGUUGUAGCCCGAGUUAAGGAGAUCGUCGAUGGAGAUAGUCUGAGUGUCGAAAUAUAUAAGGAUAAAACAUGCGAAGAACUUUUUUACGCUCACUUGAUAAAAGAAGGUCUAUAUCAAUUUAAGAAACCUAAAGAAGACUGAAGAUUGCGAAAAUUCUUUGCGAAUUUAGGAUUAUUUUAUUUAAAUGAUAUUUAAAUAAUUUCAGUAAAAUGAGAACGAAUUCAAAAUCGUAAACAUUUAAUUUUUUACACAUAAAUAAACAUUCUAUUUAGAAAAUAAGAAAGCUAUUUCAAAAUUUUAUUUUGUAAAGAAGUAGUAUUGUAGUUGUACAUCACACAUUUUGAUAUUGUAUUUAAUUU